GAAAAUGAAUCCAUUCAUCAACUAGUAUUUACUUCAAAUCUGGACGUAAAAAGGAAGGUGAAAGUAAUGGCGGGAUCAGCUAUAUCAGUCUAUGCCUUGGCCUUUUGGCAGCUUCUUUGCUUCUUCUUCGUCCUUGGCCUUGUUCAUAUGGCUCGAGCUCAAAAUCAGACCUCCAAUGCUGCUACUACUCCUUCUGAAGUGAGUGCUCUGAAUUCCAUCUUCAACAAAUGGGGUUUAUCGGCGCCAUCGAAGCAAUGGAACAUAAGCGGAGGAGAACCAUGCAGUGGAGCUGCCAUCGACUCAACCCCCUUCGUAGAUCCAAAUUACAAUCCCUUCAUCAAAUGUGAAUGCGAUGCUACUACUUGCCACAUUGUCCAACUGAAAGUUUUUUCGUUGAGUGUUUUUGGUGUAAUCCCAGAUGAACUAUGGACUUUGACUUACCUGUGGAAUAUUGACUUGCGCCAAAAUUACUUGACAGGUACCCUGUCACCAUCCGUUGGCAACCUAACUCGCAUGCAGUACCUGUCCGUGGGUAUCAACUCAUUAUCGGGGCAGGUUCCAAAGGAACUUGGAAAACUUGCUGAUUUAAGAUCACUGGCAUUUGACAUGAAUAACUUCUCUGGCAGUCUGCCAUUAGAGCUUGGGAAUUUAACAAAGUUAGAGCAAUUGUACAUUGCCAGUUCUGGAAUUAGUGGAGUUAUACCUUCAACAUUUUCUUCUCUACAAAACCUGCAAACAAUGUGGGCUUCAGACAUUGACCUUACAGGCAGCAUACCUGAAUUCAUUGGGAACUUGUCAAACCUUAAAAGCUUGAGGUUUCAGGGUAAUUCCUUUGGAGGUGCAAUACCAUCAUCAUUUUCCAAACUAACCUUGAUGGAGAACUUGAGAAUUAGUGAUUUAUCUAAUGGAAGCUCCUCACUGGCAUUUCUUAAGGAUAUGAAGUCUCUGAAUGUCUUAAUUUUGAGGAAUAACAAUAUUUCUGGAGUUAUCCCAUCCAAUAUUGGAGAUUACCGAAGUUUGUCACAACUGGAUCUGAGCUUCAACAAUUUAACUGGACAGAUUCCUGAUUCACUAUUCAAUUUGAGCUCUCUCUCUUACUUGUUCCUUGGGAAUAAUAAAUUGACUGGCCCCCUUCCUGCACAAAAGAGUACGUCUCUUCUGAAUGUAGAUGUGUCAUACAAUGAAUUGUCUGGGAGCUUUCCUUCUUGGAUUAGCCAACAAGACUUGCAACUCAACUUGGUUGCGAAUGACUUCACAAUUGAAAGUUCAAACAACAGGGUUCUGCCUUCAGGAUGGAGCUGUCUUCAGAGGAACUUUCCCUGCUAUAGGAAUCCACCCAUCUAUUACAACUUGUCAAUUAAGUGUGGUGGUCCACAGAUUACAUCCAGAAUCAAUCAGAUUGUGUAUGAGAGGGAUAACGAGGCUCUGGGUCCGGCUACAUAUUACUUGACUGGUACAAAAAGGUGGGCAGUAAGUAAUGUUGGACGCUUUGGCGAGAACAACAAUGCCCGGUACACGAGUAACUCUUCAUCUCAGAUCGCAGAUACCUUGGACUCGGAACUUUUCCAGACAGCACGAAUAUCUGCUGGAUCACUGAGGUACUAUGGGCUAGGGCUUGAGAAUGGAUAUUAUAACGUGAGUCUCCAGUUUGCAGAGAUAUCCAUCCUCAAUCCUACAAAUUGGAGAAGUCUCGGGAGGCGUGUUUUUGAUAUAUACAUCCAGGGGAAUCUGGUGUGGAAGGAUUUUGACAUACGAAAGGAGGCAGGUGGGACCUCUUUCCAAGCUGUUCAGAAGGAAUUCAAGGCGCAGGUAUCUGAAAACUACCUUGAAAUCCAUCUCUUUUGGGCUGGUAAAGGGACUUGCUGUGUGCCUAGUCAAGGUACAUAUGGACCUUCUGUUUCAGCAAUCAUUGCCACCCCAGACUUCAUCCCCAGUGUUAGUAACAAACCUCCAACCAGCAGUAAGAAGAGUAAGACUGGCUUGAUCGUCGGGAUUGCUGUUUCUGUUGGUGUAAUAAGCUUUCUGUCUGUACUUGCAUUUUGCUGUUUUCUUCAUCAGAAAAGAAGGGCACGCCAGAAUGUGGAUGAAGAGCUCCAAGGGAUGGAUGCUAGGCCCUAUACUUUCGGUUAUGCUGAACUAAAGGCUGCAACAGAAGAUUUUAAUCCUGCAAACAAACUUGGGGAGGGAGGCUUUGGACCCGUUUUCAAGGGAACUCUUAAUGAUGGGAGGGUUAUUGCUGUCAAACAACUGUCUGUGGCAUCCCACCAAGGAAAGAGUCAAUUUUUUGCGGAGAUCGCUACAAUAUCUGCUGUUCAACACAGGAAUCUUGUGAAAUUGUAUGGAUGUUGCAUUGAGGGGGAGAAACGACUGCUUGUUUAUGAAUAUCUUGAAAACAAGAGUCUUGAUCAAGCAUUGUUUGCAGGGAAGACAAGUUUGUGUCUUAACUGGCCCAUUCGUUUCAAUAUAUGCUUGGGAGUAGCAAGGGUUCUAGCUUAUCUUCAUGAGGAAUCACAGCCGCGCAUAGUACACAGAGAUGUGAAAGCCAGCAAUAUUCUUCUUGACUCUGACCUCAACUCCAAAAUUUCUGAUUUUGGUUUGGCCAAACUUUAUGAUGACAAAAAGACGCACAUAAGCACUCGUGUUGCAGGGACAAUUGGGUAUCUUGCACCUGAGUAUGCGAUGCGUGGGCAGCUUACAGAAAAGGCCGAUGUGUAUGGAUUUGGUGUUGUAGCUCUUGAGAUUGUCAGUGGAAGGAGAAAUUCUGACUUAUGCUUGGAAGAAGAAAUGACGUGUCUUCUUGAAUGGGCUUGGCAUCUCCACAAAAGCAACCACGAAGUUGAGUUAGUGGAUGCCAAUUUAUCAGAAUUCAAUGAGGAGGAAGUAAAACGAGUAAUAGGAGUAGCUCUUUUGUGCACCCAAACAUCCCCACAGCUACGCCCAUCCAUGUCACGUGCAGUGGCAAUGCUUUCAGGAGACAUCGAAGUUAGUUCUGUUAUUUCGCCGCCUGGAUACAUGACUGAUUGGAAGCUUGAUGAAGCAACAGGUUUUAUAACUACUGAUACUCCAGCUUCUAAAGAUGAGUAUAGCCACUAUAGCUCAUCUACAAAUACAAGCACGGUGACUGAUCCAGACCUUACACCCAUAAAUGCCACUAGACCUAUGCUUCAAGAGACUAUUGAAGAAUGUAGGUGAAGUUUGUUUUUGCUUCAAGGAAGAGAGAGAUGAGAUUUCUUUUGCGUAUAUUAUUGUUUGUCCUUUAUAUCCGCUGAGAGUUUAAAUGAUGACUUUUGUUGUAUAUCAAGUAUCGAAAUAGGAUAUCUGUUGUGGAAUGUGUCAAAGACAUUGAUUGGUUCCGGCAAAGAAUUUGUUCAGUGCAUGGCCGACCAUCCGGGCAGUAGGUAUAUGAGAUUUUGAUGUGCAUCCAAGGUCAAGUGGGAUGAAACUGUAAAUCCCAACUGAUUAUUGUGUGCAUUUGAGAUUUUGAUCGGAUAUUAGACAUAUCUGAUCUGUUGUUGUCUAUUGAAUUCUGGUAUUUCUUA